CUCUGCGCUUGUGGCGGGAGCGGUUUGGAGCCGCUGAGGGCCCCGGCCAGGGCCGCUUUCCGGGGCCCUAGUCAGGACCCGAGGAGGGGAGGAGAGUAGGAAUCCCCGCCGCACCUUUGUACGAGCCUGACCGAGCCUCAGCGGGCUUGUUCCUGGGUCGCCGUCAAGCCGCGGUCUCUCCUCCCCCGCCCUUCAGCCCUGCGGUCUCCAGGGGCUGCGCGCUGGGUCUGGAGCGCCGUUGCCACUGAGGAGGCGGCUGGAAGCCGCGGGCAGCUGGCCAGGGCCGGGCACAGGUGGGGUCCGCCAAGCCGCCCGAGCCUCCUCUGUCCCAGCUCUGCGGCCCGGGGGGUGACGUGAUGGCGGCGGCGGUGCUGACGGACCGGGCUCAGGUUUCUGUGACCUUUGAUGAUGUGGCUGUGACUUUCACCAAGGAGGAGUGGGGGCAGCUGGACCUAGCUCAGCGGACCCUGUACCAGGAGGUGAUGCUGGAAAACUGUGGGCUCCUGGUGUCUCUGGGGUGUCCUGUUCCCAGACCUGAGCUGAUCUACCACCUAGAGCAUGGGCAGGAGCCCUGGACCAGGAAGGAAGACCUCUCCCAAGGCACCCGUCCAGGUGACAAAGGAAAGCCUAAGACCACAGAACCUACUACUUGUGAUCCAGCUUUGUCAGAGGGAAUCUCACUUCAGGGACAACUGACACAAGGAAACUCAGUGGACUCCCAGUUGGGGCAAGCCAGGGGUCAGGAUGGACUAUCAGAAAUGCAGGAAGGACACUUCAUACCAGGAAUAGAUCCCCAGGAGAAAGUUCCUGGGAAAAUGAGCCCUGAAUGUGAUGGUUUAGGGACAGCUGAUAGUGUGUGUUCAAGGAUUGGACAGGAGCAAGUCUCUCCAGCAGAUACAGUCCAUGGCCAUAACUCAUGUGAAUCAGGUAAAGACCCCAUGAUUCAGGAAGAGGAAAAUAUCUUUAAAUGCAGUGAAUGUGGAAAAGUAUUUAACAAGAAACACCUCCUUGCUGGACAUGAGAAAAUUCACUCUGGAGUGAAGCCCUAUGAAUGCACAGAAUGUGGGAAAACUUUUAUUAAGAGCACACAUCUCCUGCAACAUCACAUGAUCCACACUGGGGAGAGGCCCUAUGAGUGCAUGGAGUGUGGAAAGGCCUUCAACCGGAAGUCAUACCUUACUCAGCACCAGCGGAUUCACAGUGGAGAGAAGCCUUACAAGUGCAGUGAAUGUGGAAAGGCCUUCACCCACCGAUCCAAUUUUGUCUUGCAUAACAGGAGACACACUGGAGAAAAAUCCUUUGUAUGCACAGAAUGUGGGCAAGUCUUUCGACAUAGGCCAGGUUUUCUUCGGCACUAUGUUGUCCACAGUGGUGAAAAUCCCUACGAGUGCUUGGAUUGUGGCAAGGUCUUCAAACACAGGUCAUACCUCAUGUGGCACCAGCAGACUCAUACUGGGGAGAAGCCCUACGAGUGCAGUGAAUGUGGGAAGGUCUUCUUGGAGAGCGCAGCCCUCAUUCACCACUAUGUCAUCCACACUGGGGAGAAGCCCUUUGAGUGCCUGGAGUGUGGGAAGGCUUUCAACCACCGAUCAUACCUCAAGAGGCACCAGCGGAUUCACACUGGGGAGAAGCCUUUCGUGUGCAGUGAAUGUGGAAAGGCCUUCACCCACUGCUCUACUUUUAUCUUGCAUAAAAGGGCCCACACUGGAGAAAAACCUUUUGAGUGCAAAGAAUGUGGAAAAGCUUUCAGCAAUCGGAAGGACCUCAUUCGACAUUUCAGCAUCCACACUGGAGAGAAGCCCUAUGAGUGUGUGGAGUGUGGAAAGGCUUUUACUCGCAUGUCAGGCCUCACGAGGCACAAGCGGAUUCACAGUGGAGAGAAGCCUUAUGAAUGUGUUGAGUGCGGGAAGUCUUUUUGCUGGAGCACAAACCUCAUUCGACAUGCAAUUAUCCAUACUGGAGAGAAGCCCUACAAGUGCAGUGAAUGUGGAAAGGCCUUCAGUCGCAGCUCAUCCCUCACUCAGCAUCAAAGGAUGCAUACUGGGAGAAAUCCUGUCAGAAUAACAGAUGUGGGAAGACCUUUCACAAGUGGACAAACCUCAGUUACCCUUCGAGAACUUCUUUUAGGGAAGGACUUUUUGAAUGUCACCACUGAGGCAAAUAUUUUGCCAGAGGAAACAUCUUCCUCUACAUCUGAUCAGCCAUACCAAAGAGAAACCCCACAAGUGUCUUCACUGUGAGAAAACAUUCUGUUGCUGAACAUUACGUGUCAUCUGAAGAGUCACAUUAGAAUUCAUUCCGUCUAGAGCCUUAUUCUCCAUCUGAUAAUUUAUCCUGGAGAGAGACCUGGUGGUUAUUGUGCACAUAGGAAAACCUUCAGCUGCAUCUUUCUCCUUAGUUUACAGUGCAAUGUUAUCUCAGGAAUUAUUUUUAAAUGGAGGAGGAAACAGAAAAAAAUGAAAUGCAAGCACACAUCUUUUCAGACUUCUCUGCCAAGCCUGCAGUGCUUUGUCAUAGAUUCCUUAGUAUAUUUGGGGGAAGGGAAGUGUUUCAAGGUAAAGGGCCUUGACCCUUUUUGUGUCUUGUAUAUACAUUUAUUGCUAUUCAGUGUCAGAAGAGUUGGUUUAGGAAAAGUCUGCAAACUUUAAUUGCACAUCUUCUGUGUUCCCAAUAGUACUUUCUCUGCUCAUCGCAACCUCCACCUCCUGGGUUCAGGCAAUUCUCCUG